AUGAAGUUCUCCAACGUUCUCGCCCUUGUGUCCGCCGCGGCUGCGUUCCCUACGCUCUCCGAGCCUGUCCUUGACGAGGCCGACAUUCGUAAUAUCGAGGCUCGCGAUCUAGAAGCUCGCCAGCUCGGCCGCGUCGGUUCCGUUGCCAAAGAAUUCUCUCAAGGUGGUUGCAAGGACGUCAUCAUGGUGUUCGCUCGUGGAUCUACCGAGAUCGGCAACAUGGGAACCAUCUGCGGUCCGCAGACCGCCAACAAUGUCAAGGGCAACUUUCAGAGUGUGGCUGUUGAGGGAGUCGACUACGCGGCUGGUCUCGCUACCAACUUUCUGCCGGGCGGCGCCGACCCCGCCGGUGUCGCGGAGAUGAAGAAUAUUAUUGGCCAAGUCAACAGCCAAUGCCCCAACUCCAUGAUGGUCGUGGGCGGUUACAGUCAAGGCGCCGCCGUCACUCAUCGCGCAGUUGAGGACUUGCCCCAGGAACAAAAGGACCAGAUUGUCGCAGCCUUCAUGUUCGGCGACACCCAGAACACUCAGGACAAGGCCCAGAUUCCCGACUUCCCCAAGUCCAAGACCAAGAUCAUCUGCGCCCCGGGAGAUGCCGUCUGCAAAGGAACCCUCACCAUCCUGCCGGCCCAUCUUUCCUACGGCAGCCAAGCGGGCAAAAUGGCUGACUUCAUUACGCAGAAGCUCACCGCUGCUGGCGCUCAGAGGCGCAAGUAG